UUCUCCUUCAUGCUUUCAUUCUUUCCAUCCAUCUCGUGGGUUUAUCAUGCUGUUGUUCACGUAGCUUUGAGAAGGACUGUCUGUGAUGAAUAAUUCACUGCAGUGUCUGGCCUCUCCCUUUCAGUCAGCUGGGCAUCUCUGACACACGCAUGCACAAACACACACACGCGAUUGCAAACACCCGCCAGGAUUUCAGCGCUUAUGUAAAACAACAGUGUGCUGGGAAAUGUAUAGAUGUGCAUCUAGGUUAAGGUGUGUCCUGGCCCCCGGCCCCCUCUGUGGAUGUCUGUCACCAUGGCAAAGUUUGAGACCGGCCGCACAAGCCCAGUGGUCCGCCAGAUAGACAAGCAGUUCCUGGUGUGUAGUAUCUGUCUGGACCACUACCACAACCCCAAAGUCCUGCCCUGCCUGCACACCUUCUGCGAAAGGUGUCUACAGAACUACAUUCCCCCUCAGUCCUUGACGUUGUCCUGCCCAGUGUGCAGACAGACCUCUAUCUUACCAGAGAAAGGUGUGGCGGCACUACAGAACAACUUCUUCAUCACAAACCUUAUGGAGGUGCUGCAGAGAGACCCAGAAUGUUCUCGGCCGGAGGCCUGCAGCGUGCUGGAGUCUGUCAGCGCAGCAGCCGCUGGGAAACCGCUCUCCUGUCCCAAUCACGAGGGCAAGGUGAUGGAGUUUUACUGCGAGUCGUGUGAGACGGCCAUGUGCCUGGACUGCACGGAGGGGGAACAUAGGGAGCAUGUGACCGUUCCACUGCGGGAUGUUCUAGAACAACACAAAGCAGCGCUGAAGAACCAGCUUGAUGCUAUUCGCAACAGGCUUCCCCAACUAACAGCUGCCAUUGAGCUGGUGAAUGAAAUCUCUCAACAGCUGAUAGAGAGGAAGAACGAAGCCGUCAAUGAGAUCAACAUGACAUUUGAGGAGCUUGAGAGAGCGUUGCACCAACGCAAAGCUGCGCUCAUUACCGAUCUGGAGAACAUUUGUAGCACCAAGCAGAAGGUGCUUCAGACGCAGCUUUCGUCCCUUCUGCAGGGAAAAGAGCACAUCCAGAGCAGCUGCAGCUUCACUGAGCAGGCCUUGAACCACGGCAGCGCCACCGAAGUGCUGCUGGUCCAAAAGCAGAUGAGCGAGCGUGUGAGCGCCCUUGCCUGUCACGACUUCCCUGAACGGCCGCACGAGAACGCCCACUUGGACUGCCAGAUAGAGACAGAAGGCCUGCGACGCUCUAUCCAGAACCUGGGUGUCCUGCUGACGACAGGUGCCGUGGGACACACGAGUGUGGCCACAGGAGAAGGGCUCAGACAUGCGCUGGUCGGUCAGCACGUGACUAUAACUGUUACCACUAAGGAUAAAGACAGCGAGCUCGUGCGGACCGGUAACGCGGUCCUCCGAGCGGAGAUAACGGGGCAGGACGGAGUUCGGGCGACUGAGGUGGAAGUCGUGGACAAUAAAAACGGAACGUAUGAGGUAGGGUACACAAUUAAGAGUGAAGGGGAGUACUCAUUCUCUCUGAUGCUGUAUGGACAGCCUGUGCGGGGCAGCCCGUUCAGACUGCGGGCGAUAAAGCCCUCAGACGUGCCCCAGUCUCCGGAUGAUGUGAAGAGGAGGGUAAAAUCUCCUAGCGGAACAGGAGGACACAUUAGGCAGAAAGCCGUAAGGAGACCCUCCAGCAUGUACAGCACUACCAAAAAGAAGGAAAACCCCAUUGAGGAUGAGCUCAUUUAUAGAGUAGGCUCUCGUGGACGGGAGAAGGGAGAGUUCACUAAUCUACAGGGCAUCUCUGCUUCCAAUAAUGGGAGGGUCAUUGUAGCAGACAGCAACAACCAGUGUAUACAGGUGUUUACCAAUGAUGGGCAGUUCAAAGCACGCUUCGGGGUCAGGGGUCGUUCUCCGGGACAACUGCAGAGGCCGACAGGAGUGGCAGUCGACACAAAUGGAGACAUUAUAGUAGCCGAUUAUGAUAACAGAUGGAUCAGCAUCUUCUCCCCUGAUGGGAAAUUCAAGAAUAAAAUCGGUGCAGGCCGUCUGAUGGGACCCAAAGGAGUGGCUGUGGACAGGAACGGUCAUAUCAUCGCAGUGGACAAUAAAGCCUGCUGCGUGUUCAUCUUCCAAUCUAAUGGCAAACUGGUGACCAAGUUUGGAGCCAGAGGCACUUCAGACAGACAAUUCGCAGACAAAAGUGGUGCAAAGUUUGCACUGGAGCAAAAGUUUAGUAAAUCUGGCCCUGGGUUCAGUCCGCACUUUGUUGCUGUCAACAACAAGAAUGAAAUUGUGGUGACAGACUUUCAUAACCACUCUGUCAAGGUCUACAGUGCAGAUGGGGAGUUUCUGUUUAAAUUCGGGUCCCAUGGAGAGGGUAACGGCCAGUUUAAUGCCCCCACAGGGGUAGCUGUUGAUGUUAACGGCAACAUCAUUGUAGCAGACUGGGGCAACAGCAGAAUACAGGUGUUUGACAGCUCAGGCUCAUUCCUCUCCUACAUCAACACAAGUGCUGACCCUCUGUAUGGGCCGCAGGGCCUCGCUUUAACCUCCGACGGCCACGUUGUGGUGGCCGAUUCUGGUAAUCACUGUUUCAAAGUCUACCGGUACCUGCAGUAACACCUCAGGUACUACCACAAGGUGCCACAAACUCUCCUACAACUUCGGUUCAUCACAGUUUGCAUAGUCAUAUCAGCGAAAUCCUCAGCCAAACCAGAGAGGAAGAAUCGAGUGAACAAAAUGCACUUUUGUUUCAUCUUCUGCUGAUGUUCUAAAAACAAAGAACUGCUUCUUUACUAAACCAGGAAUGUUGAUUGUAAAUAACAGAAACCAUAUCAAAAAGCACAGAUUCUUACUAGAAAUCAUGUAAGUUGUGUAUAAAUAAAAAAAUCUAUAUAUAUAGCAGCAUUUUGUUUAUCGCCAUCUUAAACCCUUGAAGAAAAGUCAACUAUUUCCAAAAAUUCCUCUCCUGUUUCAUAGUGACUGACCUUCCCAUGACUGCAACAGUUGUGUAUUUUAAUGCUUACAUUCUGCGUUUGUAAAUAUACAAAUUUGUGUACAUAUUUGGUGUAUGUAACAUGUAAAUGACACUGGCUUCUCGUAUUGUCCUACGACAGCAUUUGCCACUGAGAUUUCACUCUACCUGAGCUAUUCGGUGAGCGCUUUCAGUUCACAUCAUUCAGAGCUGAUCAUCCCUCACAGACAUCAACAGCACAGGAAGUGAUGCGCAUCCCUGCUGUGCUCUUUAAAAAAUAGCCACUAAGCAAAAGGAGCCAAAAAGGACAUAUUUUUUCCAUUCCAAAUUAUUUAUUUUUCUAAAGCACAAGGCUACUUUACAUGUUGAAAAAAUCCAGCUGAAUGAGGAAAUAUAAAUAGAAAUAUAACCAAACCCAAGUAUUUCACGUAUAUUGCCUCAGAUUUUUAAUGUUCUCUAAAGAUGAUCAGCUAUGUGGAAUUCUAUCUCUUCUCUGUAAAUAAUCGUACGGGCGCUUUGUGUUCACAGUGUAGCAACCAAAUGUUGUCUUUAGUCAGUAUUAUAGUUUAUGCUUCAUUUGUCUAUUUAUUUAAUGUUUUGUACACAUUUUUGUCCUUCAUCACCAGCGAAUGAUUUUAAAAUCACCUCCCUUUAAUUUUGUGGAGUUUUGUCUCUUUGAAGGUUAUGUGACACAACGUCUCCUUAAUAGGCUACUCUAUGAUUCUAUACAAGGUUAAUGAACGGUGGCUCACAGUUGAAACGGUGAACGUAUAUCUUAAUAUCUGUGCAAAGAACAUUUUUGCAUGUUACUGAUUUUACUAGCAUUGGCAUAUGGUUUUUUGCAGCGGCGAGAUACCUGUAAUGGUUUGCUAUUGCCAGGCUGGAAAUGAAAAAAUAAUGUAAUAACCAAAAAUAAAUAAUCUGUACUGUAUAUUGAUUUAUAAUAUAUGCGAAUUGCAAGUUGACACAAUUAGUUGCUUCAGUCGCGAUAAAGGCCCGUUCACAGUAAGAAUGAUAACUGUAACUAUAAUUUUAACAAUAAAAUUGCUUUAAGUUGUUGUUAAGUUUACAGUUUUUGCAAUCAGUGUUGUUGCAAUUUAGAAUCCACAAGCCCAGGAAUUUUACAUGAGAGCAAAAGAAGAUUUUGUAAAUUCAAGUUGGUCACAUGAAUUUAAAAGCUGCUUGUUUUCAAAGUGUGAACUGUGCUUUAUGGAACCCAAAAUUAUUAAAAUGGACUUUUUCCUUAAUUUUGCUAGUUUCACCACAAAGUCAGACCACAGCAAUAUUAUUGGACAGUGCGAUUUUUACCCAUUGAUAAAAUCAUUGCCAUCCAGCCAUUUUUACAGUAAACAAUGUUAUUGUCCAUUGUUAAUAGCCUACAGUUUAUAUUCUUUUUGUGAACGGACCUUAACUCUAUCCAAUGCAUGAACUAGUGCUUGGACAGAUGAUUUAGUAAAUGUGCUUCAUCAGUUUAAAAAACAACCAAGAUCUUGUAUAACAUGAAGAAUCAACCGUAUGUUCAUUUUACUGGUCAAUUAUUGCAGUUUGAAAUAAAACUGUAAAAACAA